AUGACACUUAGAUUAGAAAAUAUUAUUAGAGUAAAAACAUCUGAGUGGAAAGAAUGUUUAACAGAGAUUGGGGAAGCUUGUGCAGUCAAGUGGGUCAUUCACAACACCAAUAAGCAACCCACCAACAUUACUGCUGAAGAAGCCAAAGCAACUGGUAUUAAGUUGUGUUUUUCUCAGGAGUAUUUCUGUCAUCGUUGGGGAACCUAUGAAUCUAAGGUAGCUUUGCAUGUGGUUCAAAAGCAAACAAAGAAAAACAAGUGUCCUGCUCUUCUUCGUGUGAAAGGAUUCUUUAAGACACCCGAGUUUUAUGAAUUUGUUGUUACAAAAGAUCAUGCAGAGCAUACUCCUGGUGAUAUGCGUAGUGACAUUUGCACCCUUCCUCUUGCAAAGAAAUAUCUUCACGAGUUGGCUCAGCAAUUAGAACAGUCGUUGUUCAUGCAUGAUAGUGAUUAUAUUUCAUAUGAUGAUAUCACCAUAAUAUGGGAUACAUCAGUGGAUUAUUAUAAGCAUAAUUAUAACUCAUAA